AUGGCUUGCCAUUGUUGUCUGCUAUACGGUGCAAUUCGCGAAGAUAAUCAGAACUUAGUCUUGAGUUUACUGAAAUCUGUGGAUAUUAAUCAGCUGCGUUGCCCCGAUUAUUCUUCAGAUUAUUCUCUACUAUCUGCGGCGAUACUGUCUAAUAAUUUGAAGAUGGUUGAAAUACUGUUAGAUCAUGGAUCCAGAGCUGAUAAACUGGAAAACGAUUUAUAUCCUAUACAUCUUGCUGUAAUUGUAGACUCAUUAGAUACAUUCAAACUACUGUUGAAAUAUAAAGCUGAUUUACACCAAAAGACAGAAACUGGAAGUCAUUCUAUUCAUUUGGCUGCCGAUUACGGCCGGUUGGAAUUUUUAGAGUAUUUACUUGAACUCGAAGUAGAUAUAAAUCUGAGAGAUAUUGAGCAUUGUACUCCAUUAUAUAGAGCCGUUGCUAAAAAGCAAAUAGAAGCUGUUGAAUUUCUAAUCAAGCGCGGUGGUGAUAUCGAAGCAACGGAUAUAAUUGUUAAUAGCAGACUAAAUCUUUCUGUAGAAUUAGGAUUUUGUGAGAUUUGGAAAAAUCUGUUAGACACAGAUGCGUUUACUGGAAAAAUUAAAAGUAACAGUGCUUUUUAUUUGGCGGCAGGUUCAGGAAGUAUACCUUUCGUUGAAUAUUUUUUGAACAAAGGAGCUGAUGUCCAAUUCAAAACAGAAGAUGGGUACACAUUACUAGACGCUGCUGUUCGUAAUAACCGCCCUAACUUGGUAGUUUUUUUAAUCAAUAAAGGAGCCGAUAUAAAUUCUACUACAGAGAGAAAUUACAGCGCUUUGGAUUUUGCUGUCCAAGACAUUUUGAUUCAAAAUCUUGCCAAAUUUGAAGUAAAAAAAUGCCGAUUACUACAAGUUAUAUUGAAACGUUUGACUUCUUGUUGUUCUACAUAUGAUUUGGAAAAUGAAAUAACAUCUGCGAAAAUCAUUAUAAUAUUUUUGACGUUACGUAAUCGGCUUGUACCGCCCUUCUGUCCGGUAAACUUUCCUUUAUCGGAAGAAUUGAAUGAGUUUUGGUAUGAGUGUAAACGCGAUCUAGAAGAAAUGGACAAUUAUUUUAUCAAUAAUACGACAAUUUCACAAUAUAAACUUCUACAAGCACUAUUUGAUGACAAGCAAUUAGCUAAAUAUUUAUAUAAUGAAGAAAUAUCGAAUUUAUGUCGAGAUUUUCAAAGUUAUAUUAGAUUACCUCAAAAAUUUGGAGAUAUUAGUACCCUAAUAAAAAAUGGCGUGGAAAGGGUUAGGUCGAGGAAAAGUUUAUCAGAUCGAAAAAACAAAGGAAUGGUGUGCGACUGUUGUCUACUUUAUACAGCAAUAGAAGACGAUAAUGAAAAAUUAGUUUUACAUUUGUUAAAGUCCGUUAAUAUCAACCAGAAAAAAUGCAAGGAUUAUUCUCUGUUAUCCUGGGCGAUUAUGAUGGAAAAUAUAAAAAUGGUUAGAUUACUUUUAGACCAAGGAGCCAUUCCUGAAAAUCCAGAUAAAGAAUUUUAUCCCAUCCAUCACUCCGUGUGUAUCGGAGCAUUAGAUAUUUUCAAGCUAUUGCUUGAAUAUGGUGUUGAUAUAAACCAAAGAACAGUUUUCGGAAGUCAUUCUAUUCAUUUAGCAGCUCGAUAUGGUCGGAUUGAAUUCUUGGAAUAUCUAUUUGAAGAAGGGGUAGAUACUAACCUCAAUGAUAGAUGCGAGACAACCCCUCUGUUUAGUUCCAUUAUCAACGGGCAAAUACGUGCUUUUAGAUUCCUUAUUAACCAUGGAGCUAAUGUUAACAAAAUCGACAGAUACGGUAAUAGCCCUUUACAUUUUUCCGUUGGAUUUGGUUUUAAAACAAUAACAGAUUCACUAAUACGAAAAGGUGCUGUAAUAAAUAGAAGAAAUUUCUCCGGAUUGACUCCUCUUCAUUUAGCAGCACGUUAUGGUCCGGUAGAAAUGUUGAAACUUCUAUAUGAAGCUGGCGCUGAAUGUAAAUUAACUGGAAAAUGCAGACAUUACAGCCCAUUACAUCUAGCAGCUGAUUCAGGAAAUAUUGAAAUACUAGAUUAUUUUAUAAGCAAAGGGGCGGAUGUUAAUUUCCAAACUGAACAUGGGUAUAGUCUUCUGCAUGCUGCAGUUCGAAAUAAUCAUCCUAAAUUAGCGCUCUAUUUGAUCGAUCAUGGAGCUGACGUGAAUGCUACUACUACAAAUAAGAAUUAUAGCGUUUUGGAUUUUGCCGCGCGCUCUGCUAAUCCUUGUACUAUAAAUAUUCUAAUACAAAAUCUGGCGAAAUUUGAUGUGAAAUCUAAUGGAAAUUGUCGACUUUUGGAGUUAUUACCUACAGCUUUAUAUCAGUACGAUUCUGUUUCCGAUAUCAAAAAGUAUAAAACAGCCGCUGAAAUUAUUAUUAAAUUCAUAACGUUACGUAAUCGUAAUUUACCGGUUUCCUUUCCGAAAAAUUCUCAUUUUAUCGAGGAACUAAGUGAAUUUUGGCGUCAAUGCAAACAAGAUUUAGAAGAAAUGGACAAUUAUUACUUAGGUGAUACAUCGAUUUCUCAAUAUAAACUUUUAAAUGCUCUAUUUGACGAUACCAGAUUAUCUAAAUAUUUAUAUAAUGAAGAAAUAUCGGCUUUAUGUCGAGAUAUUGAGGCUUAUAUUAAAGUAUUUCCAAAAUAUGGGAAUAUCAAGAGACUUAUAAAAAUGGGUAUGUACAAAGGUAAAAUCCGACAUAUUUUAUCGAACAGUGUCUAUUGUGUGGUAAAAGAAAAAAGUUUUUUAAGUGUUUUACCUCUAGAAAUUAUUAUGAAAAUUUGUGAUUAUCUUGAUAUUAAAGACUUGAUUACUUUUGUGAGUUCGGCUACAAUGCGUGUGGUACAAAAAUAA